AGCACCCUGUGCCUUCUUCUGACCGCUCCGGCGCUUCCCAUAUUCAUCUCUUCGAAACUGAGAGGCUAAGAGAGCAGAGUACGGCGCGUUGGUGCCUCCUUCCUUUCACCGCUUCUCGUCUUGGUCUUUGAAACUGAGUUCGCGUGGCUGUUCGUCCUUCAUUGCUGCUGGGCUUAUGUGAAAUAUCGUUGGCUAGAAGGUAAAAGAAGAGGCCCUGAGUGCAAAGCUGCUGGGAGAAUCAACGGGAUUACGGGAGCCACCGGUUAGUAGCUUAGCCGGCGGAAGGUCGUUGUCAGAGUUACCUUGGAAUGACUUCUAAUUGAACCAAUCUUAGCCUCACGGAUGUUGCUGAGGCCUCUCUCAUUUGCUUCGCCAUCCAGGUACUAUCUUUGUGUCUCAGUCCAAUCUGCUUGCUUUUGCUCCGCAAAUCCCAAUUUGCGUGACGACGUUGAAACAGUAUUCCGCAUCAUCUCUUCCUCUUCAUCUCCCGAAGUCCUCAAGCAAUCUUUGAAAUCAACUGGAGUUUUCCUCUCCAACGACUUAGUUGAUGCAGUUUUGAAAAGGGUUAGAUUUAGUCAUUCCAGCCCCUUGCAAGCUUUGGAAUUUUUCUUUUACACUGGCAAAAGACGAGGACGAGGGUUUUUUCACUCUUCCUUCUCCCUGGAUACUAUGCUUUAUAUUUUAGGACGAAGUCGUAUGUUUGGCCAUAUUUGGGACCUCUUGCUUGAAAUACGACGGAAAGAUCAAUCCAUAAUAACCCCUCGCACCCUUAUGGUUGUCUUAGCUAGAGUAGCUAAAGUGUGUUCCGUGAGGGAGACAGUGGAGUCUUUUAGGAGGUUUAAAAAGCUUGUUCCAGAAUUCAAUACGACCUGUUUCAAUGCUUUGUUGAGAACCUUGUGCCAAGAGAAGAGUAUGACGGAUGCGAGAAAUGUUUAUCAUAGUUUAAAGCAUAGUUUUCGGCCAAACUUGCAAACUUUUAAUAUUCUCUUGUCAGGGUGGAAAUCCACUGAGGAAGCUGAGGGAUUCUUCAAGGAAAUGAGAGCAAUGGGGGUGAAACCUGAUGUUGUAUCGUAUAAUUGUUUGAUUGAUGUCUACUGCAAAGGGAAGGAAAUGGAGAAGGCCUAUAAGGUAGUUGAUGAAAUGCGAAAUGAGGAUAUGGUACCUGAUGUAAUCACUUAUACCUCUAUCAUUGGUGGAUUGGGCUUAGCCAGAGAUGUUUUGAAAGACAUGAAGGAGUAUGGGUGUUAUCCUGAUGUUGCAGCAUACAAUGCCAUAAGGAAUUUCUGCAUUGCGAAGAGGCUUCGUGAUGCUUAUAGCUUGAUGGAUGAGAUGGUCAAUGAAGGUCUAAGUCCAAAUGCAACUACUUAUAAUUUAUUCUUUAGGAUUUUUUACUGGUCAAAUGAUUUGCAGAGUUCCUGGAAUUUGUACAGAAAGAUGAUUGGUACUGGAUGCUUGCCAAACACACAAUCUUGCAUGUUCCUAAUAAGAUUAUUUAAGAGGCAGGAAAAGGUUGAGAUGGCGCUGCAGCUAUGGAGCGACAUGGUGGAGAAGGGUUUUGGGUCCUAUAUUCUGGUCUCUGAUGUACUAUUUGACUUGCUCUGUGACAUGGGAAAGUUAGUGGAAGCGGAGAAAUGUUUCUUGGAGAUGAUUGAGAGAGGUCAGAAGCCAAGCAAUGUUUCUUUCAAGAGAAUCAAGGUUCUAAUGGAGCUAGCAAAUAGGCAUGAGGCUCUUCAGAACCUGUCACAGAAAAUGGCCAUGUUUGUACGGCCAGUCCAAGUUCAUGAAGUGCAUCGAGCCAGCUGAGACAUAAAAUUUAGGUGUGGUUCUCAAAGGGCUGCUCCUCUGACAACGUGAUUGUUCUGCCUGAUAACAUGGUACAAAGACACGGUAUCAAGCAUGUUAUCAUUGCAUUCUAGACUUUUGGUUGCAAAAGGAAAGAUGUUAAGACCUUUGACUUAGAGGUGCCAAAGUGGCAGGAAACAAAAUUCUGAGGUCAAAUAUGCCAGUUGCAAUAUGCUUUCAAACUCAGACUAUUCAAGAAACAUCUUUUCGAUCAUUCGAAAGUCAUUUGUGUGGUAGGUCAGUUUCAUGAGCAGCACAGCAGCUACCUUAACUCUGAAACUUUGUUUUGGAAAAAUUAAUUAAUUAGUCCUUAUCUUCUUUCAAUGCUAAAUCAUUGCUGGUUCCCUUCCAAUUUAUUGAGAGGUAAAUUAGAUAUAUAUGUAAAAGAAAGAGUGAGACAAGCUUGUGUUCUCUAGAAGAUUUUUAUUUGAAACCUAAAUCUAUCCAACUUUGGUC